CGGGCUGGAAGGAUGGAGCUUUUCCUCCUUCACUACCCAUUCACUUGCCUGUUCGUCGCAUUUCUGGUCCUUUACCAGGUGAAACCUGCAUUCAGAUUCUUCUGCAAGAUGACCUUCUACAAGCUGUGGUUCUUCACCAUAAGCAUUGGGGUUGUCAUCCUCAGUAUUCCUCGUGGACGGAACGUGGAGAACACGACGUUUUUUCGCACAUUGGCCCUGCCACUCAAAUACAUCUUUGGUAUGCAGAUAGUGGUGAAGGGCAAGGAGAACCUCAGGACUAAGAAACCUUUCGUGCUGGUGCUGAACCACCAGACCUCCCUUGACAUUCUGGCACUGAUGGAGAUCCUGCCAGACCGCUGUGUGCCCAUUGCCAAGAAGGAGAUCCUGUACAUGGGCACCUUCGGCCUGGCCUGCUGGCUGGUGGGGACCAUCUUCAUCGACCGCAAGGACAGGGAGGGCUCCAUCAACACCCUGACAGAGGUGGCACAAUCCCUGCACAAGGACAAUUUGCGCGUCUUGAUCUUCCCCGAGGGAACUCGCAACCACGGAGGCUCCAUGCUGCCCUUCAAACGUGGGGCCUUCCAGCUGGCUGUGAAAGCCCAGGUCCCCAUUAUUCCUGUAGUGUUCUCAUCCUACAACAGCUUCUACAACCAGAAGGAGAAGAGAUUCACCCCAGGAAAACUCAUCAUCCAGGUCCUGCCAGAAGUGGAGACUCUCGGCCUGGGCCCGGACGAUGUCCCCAAGCUCACCGAGCAGGUCCGUGACUCCAUGCUCACCAUCUACCAGGGGAUAUCAGGAAUGACGAACGGAGCUUCCCAUCAGUGAUCCCCUCU